UACCUCCGUCUAAUCGUCUGCCAACUCUGCUGCGGCUAGCUAUACACCAGCUUCUCCUGAAACGACCAUUAGUAUCAGAGUGAAGAAAAAAGCCUUCUACACAUCCAUAGGACAAUUGUGUUUCGUUGUUUGACAUGAACAGCAUGUCGAAAGCGUAUGGGAAACGGAGGCAGGCUAGACUGGUUCUUCUUACCCAAACAGGCCUGCACAUGAGCUUUUUGUUUUACAGCGUCUCGGGAGUUUAUGGUUGGGCACCAUCUUCUUUCGUCAUUGCUAAACGCGAUAUGUCUGUUGUACCUCUUUCGAUUCAAACUCGCUGUUCGGCUGCCGCCGGCUCAGAUUCAUCUUCGGAAAAUCAAACUUCCGAAGCACGGGAAAUGAAAGACUUGAUUCUUUCUCUGUCGAAAGAGAGGACGGACGACUCUCGAAGGCAACGUAUGCAAUGCAUCUUUACAGAAGCCUUUUCUCGACCUAACGGCGACCCUCAGCGGUUUACGCAUUUGUUUGACCAGCAGUUGAUCAUUUUAGGCGAUCAAGUAAAAGCAAAGGCAGCAGCAAUGGCAAUCGAUUUGGAACAAGAAGCGGACACGCAUGCGAUUAGCACAGAACAAUCUCUAGCGGACAACGAAGCUGGAAAAAUGCGCGAAAAAAGUGCUGAAGAAAAACAACUUUGGGCUUUGGUGGACAUGAUGGUUCAAUCGAAGACGAUUGUGAAACGAGCUAGUGGAGAUUUGGGAAGUAAGGGGCGCUUUGGGUGAGGUGAUCUGUAAUCCUUAUAUUCCCAGUCGCAAAUGCUAUACAUUUUAGAAAUAAAUUGAUCCGAAAACUGCUGUCAGACUAUUUCUUUAGCUGUUGUCCAAGCUCCACCCUUUCACAUACAUACUUGUGUUUUGGAUAAGUUACUCUGUAUGAAAUCAGACUUAAAACACGCGGAUACGACGCCU